AUGUCUUAUUACAGUGGUUGCAUGGAUUCCCACAAGCCUCACUUUCUUGAAGCUUGUUUUCUCUGCCGCAAACCCCUUGGUUGUAACUCCGACAUCUUCAUGUACAGAGGGAACACACCAUUUUGUAGCAAGGAGUGCAGGCAAGAACAAAUAGAGAUUGAUGAAUCUAUUGAUAAGAAGAGCUGGAAAAUGUCAUCUUCCUCCUCUAGAUCUAUCAGAAAAUCAGAUCCCAAGGAUUCUACACCUAAUAAGACUGUACGGACAGGCACAGUUGCUGUUGCUUGA